AUGUCCGCAGCGCUCUUCCGCAUCAUCGGCUGGUCGUACCUCCCAGAUUUUGCAACAAAACAAGCUCUUCGUGUAAUUCACCGGAUAUAUUCUAGUAUCUUUCACCGACCUCCGCCUGAUCCGCGAACACCUACUUAUGCAUUACACUACCGACUUACUUUCGCAACAGUCGUUCUUUGUUAUCUCAUCUAUAACUUCCUGGAUGCUUCCGGACGUAUCACAAGCAACUUUUACGAGCUUCUCGGCGUAUAUCCGAACUCUAAUGAUGCUACCCUAAAAACGGCAUUUCGCGGAUUCGCAAGGAAAUAUCACCCAGAUCGAGUAGGUCCGUCAGGAGAAGCAUUGUUCAUCGAGGUAAGAGAUGCUUUCGAAGCCUUAAAGAACCCGGUGGUCAGGUUUGCGUACGAUAGAUUUGGACCUGAUGUUCUGCAAUGGAAAGAGUGCACGACGAUGCGCGAGUAUCUCCGACGCGGGCUACUGAGCUCAUCAUUGUAUCACAUUAUGACUGGUGCUGGUCUCAUUCUUUUUUCAGCUAUCGGAAAACCUAGUCCAAUAGCAGCAUGGCGUUAUCUUCUUUUUCUUUGCCUUUUUGCAUCAGAGCUUUAUCUCCUCCUUGCCCCCUCGCCCUCCACAUCACCACCGAGCACCUUUGUUGAUGCAGCAACCUCGCACGCUACGAUCCUUGAUGUAGUAUUUCCUAAACGGAUCGUAUACCAACAUAUUCUUCUCCUCCAUCAGGUCUUCUUUUUCCUUUCAGUUGCAUUGUCCCGUGUGGCCCCGGUCCUGUUUCCCUCGCUGAUGCAGGGAGAUCCUAUCAUGGAUCAGCAGAUCGUACGUGCUAUGGCCGAGAGACUUGGUGCGCUGGCAAAGAACACAGAACGGGAGUUGUCGAUUAUGCUGGAUACGGAAUUGCUCGCAAUCCAUGAGACACCUAUGGUCACUUCUGAGUUGAGCACACUACCUCGGCCGCGCGAGAUACUCAAGAGUGAUAUCAUGCAUACUUUGACCAUGGAAAUGGAAGAUGUCGUUGUGGAGAAUAAGCUGAAAUCGGAAGUCGGGCCUGUGAAGACUGCAUGGAAUUUCGCUGUUGAUAAAGAGAUGAAGAGAGUUCAAGGUCGUCGAUUACAAGAGAUAGCGGAUCAACUGCCAUCGCCGCCGCCGGAAACAGGUCAAGGAAAAAUACACAUCCGUGCUCGAUCUUUAUCGCUUUAA